CUUUUACAGAAUGUGCUCGGAGUUUUGGCGAUAGAGGAGGAGGGUGAACCAAACCAAGCGGGGUGGAAGGGUCCUGGGGGCAGCAUCACUUUCCAAAGUUUGUCGGUGAUUUCCUGAAGUCUCCAGCCCACCAACCGGCGUGUUUUGUUUACAUUUUGCAGGCAAGGCGUGUAUGCUAUCGAGCCGACGUUUCCGACACAGCGUGCACUAGCUUUGUGGCUGGUGUUCGGACACUCGGUGCGCGCCUCUAGUAGGAUGUUACCGAGUCAAGUUGGGUCGGCACCGGCUGGAAACGGGUCCGCAUCGGGUAGAGGGGUUGUAGGGCACGGGUCUGGGGUUGUGGGGAGCGGGGUUCGUCCUAUUUUGGUCCGAGCAGGGCACGCUUACGAGGGGGAAAGGGACACAGUAGGAAUGCUAGGGGCUAACGGUCCGAGAGGCGCUAGACCCCCGGGGAAUGGAACCGGGGUGACACAGCUACAGUCGGCGGUGCAGGCCAACGUGGUGGGGUUGACGGCCGGAGGAGGAGUGGUCCUGCCCCAAGGAGCUGCGGCUAGGUUUGACCACGAUAGAGACGCCCUUUGCAGCGGAUCGGACAACGACUCGGACUCCGUGGACGAUGAGGACCCAGUGGGUUCACUCGGGGACAAUAGGAGAGGGGUCAAGCGGGAAAGAGACAUGGAAGCGGCCGUGGUUGGGCAGGAGGUCGGUGUACCCCCUGGAGCUUAUGGCAUGGUCACCGGGGGAGUAGCCGGGGCAAAGCCGGGGAAAAAGACACGUGGACGGGUAAAGAUUAAGAUGGAGUUUAUUGACAACAAGCUGCGGCGGUACACCACUUUCAGCAAGAGGAAGACUGGCAUUAUGAAAAAGGCCUAUGAACUUUCAACCCUGACAGGAACUCAGGUGCUUCUGCUUGUGGCCAGUGAAACGGGCCAUGUGUACACAUUUGCCACUCGUAAACUGCAGCCCAUGAUCACCAGUGAGACAGGGAAGGCCCUGAUCCAAACAUGUCUGAACUCUCCGGACUCCCCUCCACGGUCGGACCCCUCCACUGACCAGAGGAUGAGCGCCACAGGGUUUGAGGAGACAGACCUGACCUACCAGGUGUCCGAGGCCGAGGGCAUGGGAGAGACUAAGGACACUCUAAAGCCCACGUUCACCGUCGCAAAUCUGCCCGGGUCGGUCAGCAGCACCCAGGCCACCGUCCCAACCACCUCCACCACGAUGCAGGUGAGCAGCGGUUACCCAAUCACCAACUACCUGGCCCCAGUGUCUGCCAACAGCAACAUCAGCGCCAACGGGACGGUCCUAAAGGCCGCGGGGCCAUCUGCGGGUGUCAUGCAGCUGCCCGGAGGGUUCACAUUCAUGCCCGCGGGCACCCCUCUCCCCCCUGGCACCCCCACCAUCCCCCUCAGUCAGUUGCAGUCUCACUCUCUGGCUCUUCAGGGGCAGCACGGGGCCGCCCCAGCAUCAGCGCAGGGGCAGCAGGCAGUCUUCCGCUUCCCCGCCGCUGUCUCCCUCACAGGAGCAGGAGUGUCACAACAGCUCCAGGCCAUUCAGGUCCAUCCCAACGCUCAGCCUAACACUAACAGCGACAGCAGCCCCGAAAUCUCCCACUCCUCCUCCAACUCCACCGCAACAGUGAGUCUCCCGGCAACCAUCGUCACGUCGUCAGUCCCUACCACAGUGGCGGGUCACAUGAUGUACCCUAGCCCUCACACGGUCAUGUACGCCUCCACGCCCGCGCUGGACGGGGGGCUGGCUGUGCUCAAUGCCUUCUCCCAAGGCACUCCCACAAUGCAGGUCUCCCACUCACAAGCACAGGACACAGGCGGUGUUCCUCAGGUGUUCCUCACGGGUCCUCCGGGCACAGUCCAGAUCCCGGUGUCGGCGGUGCAGCUUCACCCAGUACGGCAAGAUCUGCAUUUCACAAAUGGUGAUUGGUCAGCAGCCGGGCGGCAGCAGCACUAACCUCACAGAGCUACAGGUGGUCAAUCUAGAGGCCGCUCAGAACUCAAAGGGCGACUGACCCCGCACUCUUUCACGGGACACCCACCCUUCCCCCCUCCUCCCCUCUUUUUCACCGGACCCCCCCUCCAAAAAGAGACGGGGGCGGCCACUUGGACUGACAUCUUUAUUUAUUUAUUGAUGCCUUCCGAAAGUUUCACAUCACAAUCUUGAAUGUGACAUCAUGUAUUCACACAGUCGCGGGCAUGUGUGGUCUUCUACAGUAUGUUUGGUAAAUAUAUAAAUACGUAUAUAUAUAGUUUUAUUGCAUAGGAAACAAUAUCACUACAUCCUUUGUGUUGGAUGGCCUUUUCUAUGCUAGAUAUUUUUGUCAACAGUGUAAAACCCACUAUUAUGUGCCAGCCAAAGAGACUUAAGAGUUUGAAUGUGGGCCGUCCAGCACAUACAUAAAGGGUUUGUAAAUGGGGCAAAUUCAAAUGUAAAUAUUUUUCUAACUUGUAUUUUUAGCCUGGUUUAGUUUGUGCGAGGCAUGUAGUUGUUUUUUACGUAGUGUUUUAUUUUUUUCUUUUUGUAUGUAAGAAAAUUGGUUUGCAUAAAAGGUUAUUUUACAGUGUUUGUAUGAUUAAUUUAACGCACCAUCAUGUUUAAGAUUUCACAGCGACUUUCAGUAAGUUACUGUUUUCAAAUGUGGACUGUCUCAAAUCAUGAUAUAAAUAAUGAGGAAUAAUGAGGAAUGGCCACAAUUGUAAUAUUUUAUUUUUACAAAAACGUCUAGGUCUUUGUUCAUUGGCUAAGUACAUUAUAAAGAUAUAAAUGUAUAUAAAUAUUUCUGAGGUUCUGGCACCUUCUCAGAGACUGACAAUCCUCAAUUUAAACACUUAAAGCUAAUAGCACAAAAGAAAUGUAUGCAUUUUUUGCCAAGUAAUAACUAAAAGUGGUUAAAUAAUAAUUCAUAGUUUUUCAGUACAUUUAUUCAAAGUUGUAAUUGCACCGACCAGGCAGCCUAAAUGAAAUCUACCAUAGUUAAAAUUACUUGAAUUUUUGAGUAGUUUUGAGCAGUAUUUUGUGCAAUGUCACAUUUUGCAGAAGGAAUAGUGUGUUUGCUAGAGUUGCAAUAAAAAAUUACCUAUAGAAUAUUUUGCCGCUCUGGUUUAGCUAACUGGACGAAUUUAUACAAUAAGAAAUGAUACGUCCAGGUGACCAAGCAACCUCAAAACUACCACCAGCUGUAAUUAUAAAACUAUUAGUCGUUCAUUUGAAGUAUCUUUUGCUUUGACCAAAAAUGCAGCACGCUUUCGUAUGUGACAAUACUGCUGACCCCCCUCAUCACAUUUUAUAAUAGAGGUAUAUUGAGGGAAUGACAAAAUUGGUAAGGAUUUAUAAAGGGGCUGGACAAUAUGUCAUUACAAGCUAAUUGUGAUCUGAUACAUGUGACAGUUGUCACAUUAUACUUUGUGGUUUAGUUCUGGAUUAGUCUUGGAUUAGUCUCAGUUUUGACCUGUUUUUGACUCGGUCUUGUACAGCUCAAGUGGGGUGUUCCUUGCUGGGGGUAUCAAAAGUACAGAAAAGAAACACUGAGUUUAUGCACAUAUACAACUUGAUAUAAUAGAUUAAAAAAACAUUGAACGUGAUCAUUAUAGGCUUUGUUAGUUCCAUAUGGAGUUGCCCAAAGGGCAACAAGUAAAUAGGAUAUUUUUGUAAGUCUUUUUUUUUUUUUUUAAGUUGAAAGCUAGAUUUUUGAACAUGAGAAAGGACAACCCUCUGCUUUUGUAUCUAAGAAAUAGAGCGAACUUGGAUUUUAGACAGCGCCUUUUACUGCACCAUAGUGCCUAUUUUUCAUAAUUUACAAAUCACUGCAACUCAAAAUGUAAAAUGAUCCAGAUCCUUCAAUUUAUAACUAGCUGUAAAUGUAUAUUGGCUGUUUACAUGCAAACGUAAGUGAAGUUCAAGUCAAAAAGGGGAAUUGAUAAAAAAUGUGGUUUUAAUUUGCAAAAGUCAAAAUGUUAUUUUCCUGUCUUUGUGUUUCUUGUACAGAUGUUUUGUAAUAAAAAAAACAAACAAAAAUGUAUUGAAAAGUGUUAAAAAUGACCACAUCUCUUGAAGAUAUUUUUUUAAUUGGAACGUUGAAUGUUAAAACCAUAUUUGUAAAACAGCAGUGGUAACAUAUGAAGUCAGCUGAAGUGAAAUAAAUGAUACUCAAUGCCUUUGUGCACGAAAUACUGUUGUGUGGACCUCAAAUUAUUCUGAUUGAAUUAACAUGCAGAUUGCCUUAAAAUAUAAAGAUGUGACUAUAUGAAUACAGAUUAUCAAAAUACAAAAAGUGACUUAACAAUAAGCGGUGCACAUAAAUUCUGGUAUUCAAAGUCUCAGAAAAAUUGUUUUUCAGAUUUUACGGUGUCAGAGGCGAGGGUAUUCCUGUGUAUUAUGUGAUAUUUUGUAAUAAAUAAAAAUAGGUCACGUUAAUCGCAACAAAAUUAUAGGCAUAACAAUGUGGUUGCCUCAGUUUCUAUUAACACUACAAUGCUACAGAAUGUUAACGAAUAGCAAAAGAAAAAUUCAAUUCUGUCAACUGAUCACACCUGGACGACUGAGGGAUUACACAAAUGUUCUCACAAUUCUAUGAAAUUUUAACAUGGCAAUGAUCAUGAAAAGAAAUUUGAUUUGACAGUUAUCAUGUUUGACACUAUGACUAAAUAACAAUGAAAUCUGUGUUAAGUCACAAAUGCAGGGGCGGUGCCAGGGUGGGGGCUUAAGGGGGCACUAGCCUCCCCUAGAAUGGCCAGUGCUCCCCUAUAGUGCUCCUAAAGAUUUUUGCUCCAUUUUCAUAGCACAAGAGUAAAAAUGUUCAAACGGCAACCCGAGAGUGUUCAAAAUGAGACUACAAUAUUUUUUUUUUUAAAUUAAAGAAAAUCCCUACAGGAGCUAUAACUAACUAUAAUUAAACUGAUUUAAAACAGCAAAGCAAACAUAUAAAACUCUAAAUUAACAUUAACAAAGUGAGCGCACACAUUGAAGAAAUUAGCACCCCCAUAGCCCCACAACCAAAAAGAUUUGGCGCCACCUCUGUUCAAAUGGUAGAUUGCCAUUGCUAAUAGUUAAACAGUUUUAUGAUAAAGUAAUGACAGUCAGAUAAAAAGCACUCAAGAAUUAAGGUUCACUUUUGCCAUAUAGAUUAAAUAGAAAAUACUCCUUUUUGCGUCUAACAUUUUCACAAUUAUUACUUUGUUUUAUAUAUUGUGGCCUGAAUAACAAUUACACACUGAAUAUUCUUAACAUCUCUAGUGAUAUUAUCUGAAAACAAGCAAUUCAGCUAACAAUGCCAUGUAAUUGAUGCAGGAAUAGUGGCAAUCCUCCAUGACACUGAAAGGGAGCCAUGACAGUAACCAUGUGUGUGUCAAACAACUGAAAGUAAUUUAUUUUUAACCAAUGUUGUUCCAAUCUGCAACUUAAAACCUUUAAGAUUUCUUUUUAGUCACCAAACCAGAGACAAACUUGCAAUGACUGAAUAAACCAACUAUUUUCACCAAAACCCAACUCGAUCAAAUUAACUGCCCCGAGUUUAAUGUAACAAAGGAUGCAGAGUAAACCACAAAGCAAAUUAUAUUUUCAGAAGCAACAAGAACAGUUUUUAAAUCUACAAAAUUUCAAAGAUCCACAGUGUCAUAAGGCAUUAAAUCGUCAACAUUUUUCUCUUUUUACACAAAGAAAAAAUAAUGUAUGAGCAUGCAUUUACACCAGGUAGUUUUUUUCUAUAUUGCUAUUGUACACAUUACAAUAUACAACUGUACAAGACCAUUGGAAAGAUUACAAAAUGUGCAUGAUUCAAUUUAAAAAGUUAAAAAUAGACACGUCACUCUUACACUUUAUCUUUUGGUUAAUGAAAAAAUUAUAAUUUGGGAAAAGAAACAAAAGCUUUUCACGAUGGUUAUUUACAAGAUGUGCAAAUUGGAUUGUUGCAUAUGCGGCGUAGGUGCGUGAGUGACGGGUGGAGAGGACGAGAGACAAAAUAGUGAAUUAUGGAUUUUUUUUUUCUUAAACAAAAGAAUAAAAUGACAGACAAAACUCCAGCAUUCAGAAUCUGAGAUGAAAGCGUUCACACAGACACACAAAGGCAUCGACAUAAUAGAGAAGAGAAUAAGGUUUUGAAGUGGGGUUGCAUAAUGAAUCUGGAUAGACUGGUUACGUACAUGAGGUGAUUUCAUUACAAACGACUAUGACUACACCGUGUUUUUGACGAGCUCUGCGUUCAGGGUUCCUGUUAAAAGGCGCACUAUGUAACUUUUCUGGUGGAGGGGUCACCACAUAGUAGUCUUGCAUGGAAUGUUAGAGUGUGUCAUUAAACGUCUCUGUCUCCAUGACGAUGUCACCGGGCCAAACUACAGGUCAAAUCCCUGGAGAGGAACCAGCUCACAGUGGGAAUUUUUAAAUUGUUUUUGAGCAAUAUACAUCUGUAAUGUGUAACAGAGGCGUUUAAUGUCAUACUGUGGAUUAUUCCUGACAAACAGACCUCUCAGUGUAGACAACCUUCCACCAGAAAAGUUACAUAGUGUACCUUUAAGUGCUUUUUAAUACUUCCACUUCCACUGCACAAAUGUUUUAUAGAUUAGUUUCAUGUUGAGGAGCGUAUCUUGUAAAACCUGAUGGUCAAUGGAUCGCUGUUAAACUAAACUAACAUUCAUUCAAGUGGAGAAGCUCCAGGUAGGGCAUCUGGUGUAAAAGCUAUCCCAAAUCAUUAUGAAAUUACAGACCAGAUGCAGACCAAUAAUGUAAUGGAUGUUUUGGAGAUUUCAGAAUUAGAUUAUCAGUUAUUAGUAAAUUCUGAGCCAAUGCAGCUUCACUUUUUUCACUGUUGGGAACUUUUAGCACAAAAAUCAUGUCUUUGAGGUAAUGAACAGUUCACUUCAUACAACCCAACUUCAAAUUUACCCAUAUAAUUUUAGUAUCUUAUUGAUACAUUCAACAUUUACUUAUUUUGACAAAACAAAUGAAAACUGAAUGAGUGAAACACAGCACCCUUUAUAUAUUAUCAUCCAAAAUCAUGAUAAACGUAAUACUUGUGGUAAAUAAGACCAGGUUUAUACUGCUAAAUGCAGUAUCUCUGUAAUGAGAAAAUAAUAUAUUAGAAUAAGACUAUUUAUAAGAAGCACACGAGAGAGUCCCUUGGAUUAAACACUGGUGGAAACUGCAAAAAAAUUAAGAUAGAAUCAGGAAAAAUAAAAGUUUUUCCUGAACAAAAAACAAAAAUGUAACAAAAACACAGAAGUGGUUGUGCACAUUCAGAAUCAUUAUUUUUUAUCGCCAUCCUGAGAAACCAUUCAAGAUAAAGAUUAAAGGUGUACUACGGAACUUUUCUGAUGGAAAGUCUACCACCCACUUGUCUCCAUGGAGAUGUAAUUGUUUUGCCUGGAAUGCCUCACAGUAUUGGAUUGGCUGAGUGAUGUGUAGAGGCAACCCAGUUCACUGCAUGAUUUAAUGUUUUAUUUUUGAGAAAUAAAAACAUCUAUAACUGAAUAAAUUCUAGUUUAAUGCCAUAUUGUGGCAACAAUAACAUCUCCAUGGAGAUGUUAUUGUGUGGCGAACACUCACCAAAAACGUUCGAGCGCCUUUAACAUUAUGGCAACAAAUUUAGCAUUCAAUAACUUUGAAUUCAAUAACUUUCCAAACAUGUUUAUAUUCAGGUUGAGUCUGAC